AUGGCUGGAAGAUUCAUUUUCCAAACAGAUACAGACGUAGAAAAUUUUCUUAACGUUGAAGAAAACAAAAACACAAAAAGAAAAACCGAAGGGUACUUGACUUUGGUUUUGGCGUUCCUCGCGACGGAGAAAGAGUAUCGAAAACUUGAAGAUCUGCGACCGGCCCAUUUGGAUACCUACCUGAGCAGAUUUUUGCUAUCGGUACAGAAAAAGCUUGGCGAAGAGUAUGAACCAACAACUCUUAGAGGAUUUAUUGCUUCGGUUGAACGCCACCUGAAAAAACAGGGCUACAGCGACUCAAUGAUCACGGGUCAACCGUUCGCCAAAGGUACAAACCACGAGAGGCCGCUAGUCUCGACCAAGAGGAGAUUGAUCUACUUUUCAAGAAGGGAGUCAUGGGAAUUCAUUCGCCUCAAGCACUCAUUAACACGCUGUGGUUCAACAACUGUUUACACUUCGGAAUAAGAGGAGGAAAAGAGCAACGCGACCUAAGUUGGGGAGAUGUUGUCCUCAAAACCGACUGACACGGUAAAGAAUAUCUCGAGUACUCAACUGAAAUACAAACAAAAACAAGACCUGGUGAUAAUCCACUAAAUAGAAGACAAAUCAAGCCGCGAAUGUACGAAAACCUUUCAGUGCCCGAUGAGCGAAAUCCCAUUUCAGGAUACAAAUUGAAUAUGACUAAACGGCCAAAGGAAACUCUCGUCGAUGGGUCGCCAUUCUACCUAACGAUAAACAAUCUUAGCAGAGAAAAGUUGGCCUUGUCAAGUGCGAAAUGGUUCAAGCCUCAACCUAUGGGAGUUAACAAACUAAAUACCUUGAUGAGAGACUGUGCGAAGGCAGCUGGUCUUGGAACAGAUAAGCAAAUCACCAACCAUAGUGCAAGGAAAACGCUUGUGCAAAAACUGCGAGACAGCGAUGUUCCUCCGACAGAAAUUGUCCAGAUAACCGGCCAUAAGAAUCUU